AUGGUUACUGCUACUACUGUUCAUAAACCACAUGACGUCUCCCGGACGCUCAACUGCUUCACACCUACAGACGGAGCACUGUAUAACCACUUGUGGUAUUUUGACUCUCCCGAAGACAAGCCGAAGAGUAACGUCGGUCAUGAGCUACACCCAGCUAUCAUACGUUUUCAGAGCAGCGAUACGGAGUUCAUCGAAGAGGAAAGGGUUAAAAAUGUGUAUGAUAAGGUAAUGCAGGGGUUAAUAAAAGCUACGAGUACGAACAGGGUUUUCAUUUCUGAUCAUAUCACCAUCGCAAAUACAAUUAGUCAAUUAGUACGCAAAAGACGCAACGCAGAUCAGCACUGCCUGUACAUGUCGACCAAACAUGCAAGGCCUCCAUCGCGCGCGUGUACUAUCACCUUGGUGUGGACGCAGAACAUCUUGUCAAAGGCAGAGUCCGCAUCAUCAACGUUUGACGUCUAA